GCAUUUUUUCCAUCCGGGAUAUUUUGCAAACCGGUUCCAUCAACAUCACCAAGACCAACAUGAGUGAGGCAGUGACCAUCAGAACUCGCAAGUUCAUGACUAACCGCUUGCUUCAACGCAAGCAAAUGGUUGUUGACAUUUUGCACCCUGGCAAGGCUAACAUCUCCAAGGACGACUUGCGCGAGAAGUUGGCCGAGAUGUACAAGGCCAGCGUUGAGAACGUCCAAGCCUUUGGUCUUCGCACUCAAUUUGGUGGUGGAAAGACUACCGGCUUUGCUCUCAUCUACGACUCGAACGAGGCCUUGAACAAGUUCGAGCCUCACUACCGUCGUGUCCGUAUUGGCCAAGCCAACAAGAUUGAGAAGGCUUCUCGUCAACAACGCAAGCAACGCAAGAACAGAGGCAAGAAGGUCUUUGGUACCGGCAAGCGUUUGGCCAAGAGAAAGCAAUCCGAGUAAGUUAAUAAGAAGCUGCCUUGAAUUGUCACAUCCCUGGUCGAGUGGUUGUAGAAUGGAACGAGCUCUUUAGUUCGAGUUUUUUUGUGUGACAACAAAUAGGACGACUGUGUAACCUG